CACAUUCUGUCUUUGGUCCAACACAAAAUGAACUUUUUUGACAAGAAGGAUAUUGAUGGUGUAUUAUAUGAACUGCUCAGGUCUCCAUGGCUGCAGGCUCUUCUAAAGGUGUAUGAAUGCCUUCAUCAGUAUAUCAAGAGAAGACCUGUCCCAUUCAUGUCCCAGGCACAAGAAUUGAUGCAUGAGGUAGUGGAGUUGCUGCAUAGAGGACAACAACCUCCAGAAAUUAAAGAGCUAAGACAACUUCUACAAGGUCCUCACUUCAAGGCCUUGUUAUUAGUUCAUGAUACUGUGGCCCAGAAGGAUUUUGAACCUAUGCUUCCACCCUUGACAGAAAACCUCCCUGAAAACGAAGAGGCCAUGAGGAUUGUCUGUCUGGUGAAAAACAACCAACCUCUUGGUGCCACCAUUAAACGCCAUGAGCUGACAGGUGAUAUUACAGUAGCAAGAGUAAUCCAUGGAGGUCUGGCAGAUAAAAGUGGGUUGUUAUAUGCUGGAGACAAACUUGUAGAGGUAAAUAGAAUCCCAGUGGAGGGCCUGGAACCGGAGCAAGUCAUACACAUUUUGACUCUGUCCCAAAGCACCAUCAUGUUCAAGCUGAUUCCAGGUUCUGAUCGAAUCAUCUGCAGUCAAACAACACUCUAUGUGCGUGCAAUGCGGGAUUACUGCCCUCGUCAGGACCCUCUCAUUCCAUGUGCUGAUGCAGGAUUGCCAUUUAAAAAAGGAGAGAUUCUUCAGAUUGUAGACCAAAAGGACAUCCUGUGGUGGCAGGCAAGGAAAGUCUCCAACCUCAAAGCCUGCGCUGGACUCAUCCCUUCCAAUCACCUUCUGAAGAGGAAACAGCGAGAAUUCUGGUGGACUCAGCCCUUCCAUCUCCACACUUGCGUCAAAUCAAUCUUGAAUUUUGUGGAAGAAGAAGAUGACAUGCAGAUUGAUGAGAAGUGUGUAGAAACAGAUGAGGAGAUUUUUGAAUCUGGUAAGUUCCUGCAAUAAGAAGAAGAAUUCAUUGGAUCUGGUCAGCCAGUGUUCAUUACUGGUUUCCGGAGAAGUAUGCGUCUGUGCCGUAGGAAAUGCAACUACAGUCACCUGACAUGUCACACACAUUGUCUCAAUAGUUGCUAUGGUGCUGUGGCAGCACCUUAUGAAGAGGCAGUGAGAUACCAAAGACAACUUGGUGAUCGAAAUAGAUUAAUUGUACUAAUAGGUCCUUCAGGUGUUGGAGUGAAUGAACUACGGAGACAACUUAUUGGUAUAAAUCCUCACCUGUUUCAAAAUGCGGUGCCACAUACAACCCGUGCUCAAAAGAGCUAUGAAGAGAAUGGUCGAGAAUAUCAUUAUGUACCAAAAGAAACAUUUGAAAAUAUGGUGUACAAUUACAGAAUGUUGGAGUAUGGAGAGUACAAGGGACACCUCUAUGGGACAAGUAUGGAUGCAGUACAUGCGGUGCUUGAUGAAGGGAAGAUCUGCAUAAUGGAUUUAGAACCUUACAAUAUUCAGUUUGUUCGUACUCUUGAACUGAAACCCUACAUUAUAUUUAUUAAACCACCAAGUGUGAGCUGCAUGAAGCACACUCGGAAAAAUGCUAGGAUAAUCACUGACUAUUAUGUGAACAUGAAAUUUAAGGAAGAAGACCUGCAGGAAAUGGAAGAGUCAGCUAAAAAAAUGGAAACUCAGUUUGGCCAAUUCUUUGAUCAAGUGAUUGUGAAUGACAAUUUACAGGAAGCUUGUCUGCAGCUAGUCUCUGCCGUGCACCAAGCCCAGAAUGAACCACAGUGGGUUCCAGCCACAUGGAUAUGCCCAAGCUCUCAGGACUAGCCUGUUUCAUGGGAUGAUAGUGUGUGCAAAAUCUAGCAUUCUGGGGAAGAUCAGUCCAGCCAUUGUGGGGAGGGACACUACUUUUCUGGCAAUAAACGUUUUGGAACUUUCAUUGGGUUUUAAGGCUGGGGUUGCAGGAGAUAUAAACAUAUUUCAUUUCAAGGGAAUUUGAAGAACAUAAACAAAAGCUAUUACAAGGUACAAGUCUAUUGGCUGCAUUUGCCUGUCACUUAAGCUAGGGCCUAGGCUAUAUUAAUUUUUUUAAAAGAAUAACUUUAUGGAGGCACCCAUUUCUGGGAAUAGGCCAGGUGUUAACAUGGUAGGAUCAUUUCCUUCUUUCCUUUCCAUCCAUGACAGACACUCCAGGGAACGUUAAUGCAAGCCUGCCUGCAGAAAACCUUAAAAAGCUAAGAACUAGAUCUCCCCUGUAUUAAACUAUGAACAGAGCAACAUAGUUUAUUUUAAUUCCUUCCCAAUUCAUUGAGGCAGGCAAAUAAAGAGAUUCAUAUAUUCCAAACCAGGAUUAUGAUUCAUUAUGCCCCAAGGAGCCAAGAUUUAUAAAUCAGCAUUAAUUCUUGGUUAAUAUUAAGUCAUAAUACACGAUUUACUGUGUCAUAAAUGCAGCCACACUUAUGGGGCAUUUUUCAGCAUUAUAUAUUAAGUAAUUCUGAAACAAAUACCAUUCUAAUAACAUAAUCAGAGAUUAUAUAAUUGUUUAAAAAUAUGUAAUUUUUGAUAUUUUUUUCCUUCUUAAGCAUAGGAGGUAUUGAGAGAAUUGCCGCAGUUUUUGACCUAUUUUUUUUAUUUACAGCACAUUCCUCCAACAAGAAUGAAAUCUGGGUUCUUUUUAGCUUUCACUGAACAGCAUAUUUCUAGCAGCAAAGUAGUAUCAUAAUUACUGUGAUAUUCUUUAAAUUUUCUCCAGCACCCUCUA